UAAACGUCACGCAAUCAAAACAAAGAUGUCGGUCGUAAAAAAGCGAAGCGAUGCGCAAUUUGUGUUUUCGAACCAAUUUUCAUAGUCAAAGGCCGAAUUUUCGCGCUUAUUCCAGUUCCAGAAUAUUAAUUAAACAAAUGUGAACGAUGGAAUAUAAUAUGGAGGUAGAAUUAAGGACCACGCAGCACUCGAUACCAAUGGACGUGCUGAUUGACCUAAUAGCGAGGUUUGUCAUAAACGUCCCGGACACAGCCAAACAGAACUUGAUACGAAUAUGUUUCCAAAUCGAGUUGGCUUACUGGUACUACUUAGAUUUCUACGUAAACGGCGAAACGAAAUUGAGAAGUUGUGGUUUUAAGGAGUUUGCCGCUCACGUUUUCAUCCACUCGCCGUUUUUAAAACGAGAUUACAACCGUUUAGAUGAAAUACUUGAAGAAUGGCGCGAAUAUAAACAAUCUGUACCAACUUACGGAGCUAUUUUAUUGUCUGAAGGAAACUCGCAUGUCUUAUUAGUACAAGGAUAUUGGGGUAAAGCUUCUUGGGGUUUCCCAAAAGGUAAAGUUAACGAAGAUGAAGAUCCCGCUCAUUGUGCUGUUCGUGAAGUAUACGAAGAAACAGGAUUUGAUAUUUCAAGUCGAAUCGAUCCAGAAAAUUAUUUUGAAGCUGUAAUUCACGAACAAUUAGUAAGAUUAUAUGUUAUAACGGGGAUUCCGUUUAACACAAAGUUCCAACCGAGAACUAGGAAUGAAAUAAAGUCAUGCGAAUGGUUCCCAAUAGCUGAUUUGCCCAAUAAUAAAAAAGAUAACACACCGAAAGUUAAAAUGGGAUUGAGUACGCAUUCAUUUUAUAUGGUUUUACCAUUCGUUAAGCGAAUUAAAGGGUUGUUUAAUAAUAAACCAAAAGCUCAUAGACAGAAAUCUUUGAGUUUUAGUGAAGCGUCGAGUACAUCGCGUCCAAAAUAUCAUCGAAGCGAUUCGGAAUGUAAGGAAAUUAAGGAUGUGAAAGAGAUGAAAGAAUUUAAAGGAAAUAAGGAAAGAAAAUCUUUUCAAAGAGACACCUUUUUAACAAUAAAGGUAUGUGGGCUGCAAUUCUCAAAUCAAUCCCCUGAGACAUAAUUUUUAUUUUAAGAA